CUUUCCCUCCCUUGUUACCGCCCUCCAGGUUUCUCGCUAUUGUCACGCCUCAGGGAAGCGCCUAGCUGUAAUCAAUAUAUCAAAAUGCUCAUCAUUGACUUGAUCUGGAUUGCUCGUACAGCAGACCUCGCCCCCAAGGCACCCCAGAUCUUCGAAUGGGAAUAUGUGAAAGAUGACAUUCGGUUCGUGCUCGAAACACAAGGCCUGGGAAGCUUCUCCUCUGAAGUCCUGCGAGUGUACUGUCGUUCACAAAUUCUAUAUGAUAUCCCUUUGCAGAACCUGAUUGAUCAAGGGAAAAGAUUGUGGAUUUCUCUCAGAAAUUCCGGCGCGGAAGUACGCGCUGAGCAGCUUCCAGCAUCUGCCAAAGCCAAAUACCCAUCGAUUGCAUUGCGAUAUGAGUUGCCAGUUGAGGGAAAGAUCCGCCGUCUUCAAUUCAAGUUUGCCUCCCCCAGUGACUACGACCAAGUCCUCAAUCAUCUACUUGAGCUUGGCCUUCAAAUCGAGCAAGUGCCUUCCAAAGACCCUCCUCGGACCGAACGCGUAUCAUGCCCGCCUUCCAAACUUACUGAGAUUUCGAAACGACCAUCCACUACAGCUUCGCUCUCUCGGCUUCCCCAUCCAUCUCCACUGUUGGAAUCGCGUCCCAUAUCCGCUCAAUCAGUGGCGCCCAUUGUGCGACCUUCUUCUCCUCCGAAGACCAGCUUCGCUGCAUCCUCCAUCUCAGUCGAUGGAAAUGCUUUCACUUCUUCCAGUACUAGCCACCAUGAUACUUUUGUAUCACGUCCAGACAGUCCGGCCAUACUUCUCAAUCAAGUGAACGGGCUUCCACCGCGACGUGAACUACCCUUUCAACGUCCGGAGUCAGCGCCAAAGUCUCAUGGAAGUGAUAACUCACGGCCUAGCAGUCGGGCAUCAACUGCGACCAUGGCCCCACCACCGAUUCCGAGAUCACAAACCACUUUCGCCACUGCUCUUCCUCCAUUACCUAAGCCUACCAUACUCAGUAGCUCUCCUUCACUCAGCAGGCAUAUAAUGGGAGAACCCACUCGUACUUCAUCAACGAAGUUCCCAGAUAAUAAGCGAGCUGAUGAUCGAACAAAGACUAAACGACCACGCACAGGUCCCUCGACUAUGACUGAACAAGAUGGUCUACUGUUUACAGGCUCUGACAACAUUCGACCGCCGUCUUCAGGUUCUAGUGUCAUCUUCAACCGCCCUCCAAGCGCGACUAGCGGGCGACAACGCUCAAUUGACCCUCCAAAUCGCCUUUCUACCCCUCUUUCCUCUGACCAUGCUGAGCAGUACUAUCACAAGCCCCGUGACUCCAGUGACAACAGUACGAACCACGCGACAUCUCUCGCAACAUAUGCAUCUCAACCUGACGAAGACCGUAAAACUAACCUCAAUUGCGUUCUGCUCCAAUAUUUGGAAGACCCCAGUUUCCUUACGUUAUUGGAAGAUGUCGAAACUGCUUGGGCGCGGAUUGCACCAGGCCAUGGAUGA